UACGCCAUCCUAGGACGUUCUCCGAGCACAGGAAGUAGAGCUAUCAGCUGAUCCCGCUGGCUGUUGUUGAUGUCUGAAGUUGCUGUUGUAGCUGCGUCUCUCUCGUCGGCCCCUCGACAUUAACGGACUCGGUGACACGCUGAGGAACGGACACGGCAGCGGGCAUUUACCGGGCAAAGGGACGCGUCACGUCGAGUGGAGGUCUGAACGUGCGUCCCCGGCGGGCAGCAGCGAAGCUAGCUCCUGAGCUGAAGGGAGAAAAACAGCAGCGACAGCCCACGGCGUCCCUUUGUUUCAAUCCCAAGCAGGAUAAUAACUUUCUCUCGCUUGACUCAAGACGCUGAAAGUGCAUUGGGAAGUCGCAGUGAUCAGGGAGAGCCAGCAGAAACAGAGGCAGGGUUCCACAGAGUCUUGAGGUGAGGUGAGCUGCCCCCACACUACUUGCCAAUGCUGGAUCUGGAGGUGGUACCUGAGAGAUCACUAGGAAAUGAGCAAUGGGAAUUCGCCUUAGGGAUGCCAUUUUCCCAGGCCAUCUCUAUCCUCCAGAAACACUGCCGUAUUAUCAAAAAUGUCCAGGUGCUAUACAGCGAACAGACACCACUCAGCCACGACCUCAUACUGAACCUGACUCAGGAUGGGAUUAAACUGCUGUUUGACGCCACAAAUCAGAGACUCAAGGUGAUUGAAGUGUAUGACCUGAGCAAAGUCAAGUUGAAGUACUGUGGAGUCCAUUUCAACUCUCAGGCCAUCACCCCCACAAUAGAGCAAAUAGACCAGUCAUUUGGAGCGACUCACCCUGGAGUUUAUAAUGCUGCAGAGCAAUUGUUCCAUCUCAACUUUCGAGGACUUUCCUUCUCCUUUCAACUGGAUUCGUGGAAUGAAGCUCCAAAAUACGAGAUUCCACAUGGAGCCAUGGUCAAGAGGAUGCACAUCUACACUGGCAACAACCUCCAAGAAACAAAAGCUCCUGCGAUGCCUUUGGCUUGUUUUAUGGGCAACAUCUUUGCAGAGGGUGUCGACGUCCUGAGGGAUGGGGCGGGUCCUCUGGGGCUCAAGCUCCGCCUUCUCACAGCAGGUUCUGGACUCGGUGUGAUGGCUGAUGCUAAGGUCCGGUUUGUGGAGAGGAGCAUCUUCUUUGGAGACUCCUGUCAGGACGUUCUGGGCGCUUUGGGAUCGCCUCAUAAAGUCUUCUACAAAUCUGAGGAUAAGAUGAAGAUCCAUUCUCCGUCUCCUCACAAGCAGGUUCCCUCUAAAUGUAACGACUACUUCUUCAACUACUUCACCCUCGGAGUGGACAUCCUGUUUGACUCGACGACCCACCUGGUUAAGAAGUUCGUCCUCCAUACAAACUUCCCUGGGCAUUACAACUUUAAUAUAUACCAUCGAUGUGACUUUAAAAUCCCACUAGUCAUCAAAAAAGAAGGAGCAGACUCUCAGGCGGAGGAUUGCAUCUUAACCACCUACAGCAAGUGGGAUCAGAUUCAGGAGCUUCUGGGUCAUCCGAUGGAAAAACCCGUCGUCCUUCACAGGUCUUCAUCAGCCAACAACACAAACCCGUUCGGUUCCACUUUCUGCUUCGGACUACAGAGGAUGAUUUUUGAGGUGAUGCAGAACAACCACAUAGCAUCAGUCACCCUCUAUGGAGCUCCCAGGACCACCAGUCAAGCCCGACCCGAGUCCAGCGCUAGUUCCCACUGAACCAGAACCACGCCCCAUUCUGGCCGACCCAAACAACAAUUCUUUUGCUGACUGAAUUGGAACCGAAACCAGAUUUUUUUUCUUUCUUUUUUCACCUGAGCAGGCCUGACAGAAUCACUACAACCUGGCUCAGGUGCUUCAGAGUGAACAAGUUGACAUCGAAACCAGACCUGCUGCCUCCUGUUUGGUACCUUCAUCUGGUGUUCUGUUGGUACCAAACACGCCCCGUCCUGCAGGGACGCGGUCCUGCUGCAGGAGCAGCUCGCAUGCUUCGAAAAGAAAGCUGUAAAAUCUGCAUCCUGUGAACCUCAGAGACCGUUCUGCUGCCUGUACAGUAAGAGAAGCUUCAUGCCAUCGUGAGGUGACGCAUUCGGGUUCAUCAACGCUGCAGGAAAACUAAUAAAACUACAUCAGCCAACCACACUGCCAUCCCGGUCGGUCCUGCUCGUCUUCCCGCUCCGAACUGGGUCCAGUCGAACCCGUCCAGUCCUGCACCAUGAGCCCAAACACACUUCAAGCUAAGCGUCCAUUUCUGUUUUAAAUCUCAAGACCCAGCCUGACCCGAUCCAAACAUCUCCAUCUUCCCUCACCAAACACUUCCUGAGUCCGUUUGCAGCCGUUUCCCGUCACCAGUCAGAGCGAUCAUCUCAUUUCCACAGACUUUACUUCCCAUCAUUUCAACCCCAGCUGUCCUCCGUUUCUGAUGACCGGCGGCCGGUCCAGAUGGUUAAAGCUCAACCUGCAUGACUCUGAACGAGAAGCGAUCUCCAUAAAGCACAAGAGCGAGCGCUCUCGCUUCGUUUGGUUGAUUAAAGCUACAGCAUGUCACUUUUAUUAAAAAAUUCUUUUUUUUACAUAUUUGUUAAAAUUAUCAUUAGGUUGUGACAGUACAAUAUAAGGCAGAUAAUCUGUGGAAAACUUGAACUUCUCUGCCUUCCAUCUAAGAUCUUUCUGUCACCUGAACACACAACUCCAUGAGAAACAACCAAUCAGAGCCAGGAGGAGGGUCUUAGCGCUGUCAAUCACCCUCACAUCCUCCGCUUGUUCUGUUAGCCUGCCACUAGUUAGCAUAGCCACAGAUAAUGGCAGAUAAAUCAAUUUCCUUGAAUGGUAAGUUGUUAAAGCGUGUACACAACGUUGAUUAACAGCGCUGAGACCCUCCUCCUGACUGACUGGUUGUAUUUUUAGAUGACAGGAGUUGGAGAAGCUGGAUCUUUUCACAGAUCAUCUGUCUCGUAUUAAACUGCUACAACAUGGUGACAGUUUUAAUUAUUAUGUUAAAAAACCAACAUACUUUUGUAAAAGUUACAUACUGCAGCUUUAACAACCUUCCUGCAUGUUCUGUCUGAGCGUCCAAAGCCCAUUUCUCCCUCACCAUGGCAACCAUUUCCAUUAUGUAAUAAUAAUAAUUUAUUGUGAUUCCUUUUUUUUUGUUUUUAACAUUUGCACUAAUAGACACAUUUUUACUUGAUCGUGCCCCAUCCUUUGAGAUGGAUAUGUAUUGAAGAGUAGGAGGGGUGUGUGUGGAUGUGUGUGUGUGUGUUGGUGCAGAUGAGCGGCGGCGCCAUCGCGUUCUGUACGACAACGUUUCGUCUUUCUUCAGUGCUUUCUUCCGUUCUGCUUCUGAUCCAUCUGCAGUUAUCUCUCUGUUUAGUUGCCAAAUGCUAAAGCCAAAGACCUUUUAGGAAGUCUUCAUUUGAUCGGUGUGUUUUCUUGUCUUGCAGAGUCUCAAAUAUUCCUAACUCCAUCUUAAUUUGAAGACGUGGCACAUCUUUUAAUCCGUGUUUCAGUAAUAAUCCAUCAUGACCAGCCGACUCAGCUCAUCCGUUCUAGAUAAGACGCAUCGUGUUUACCGUCAGCUCGUACCGUGGUCGACGUCCUCAGUGAACUGUGACGUAGAGAACAGCCGUCAUUUCUGUGGUUGUAAACCCGACUUUUGUUUUGGAAAUGGAGAACAGCAUCAGUCAUUUCUUUCUCCAAGCGUGUAAAUUUACCUUGUUUUUAAUUACAAACUAAUUAAUAAACUGUGCAUUCAUUUCAAUAGACAAAUUCUUUCAUUGUUCCUUGAUGCAAAUGUUUUUUUGUUUUUCCGCCUUUCCAAAAUAUUCGGUUUAAGGACUGUGCCUUUAAAGGACAAAUCUACUACCCUUGGAUUUUUCCACGUUUUGUCAAGGUACAACCACAAACUUUACUGUUCCUCUACACAAACUGCUAUUCUUGGUUUAAACGACAUCUGUGAAUAUAAGUUGUAAACUCUUGCCACAGAUCUAUUAGAUUUAGAGCUGAACUUUGACUGGACCAUUCUAAUAAGCUUUGAUCCAAAGCAAAGCUCUCAAAAACAGCUGCGUUUCCAUUACAAAUGUGCACAAAACUUUGAUAGUCCGCUAAUGGAAAACUCUUAUUACGCAAUUGUGAUGUUUCCAUUAAAUAAGAAACGCAAUUAAAAUUACACGUGAUUAAGUUUGUACAGGCUGUAAGUAAUUAAAGGAAGACGAAGCCUCAUCAUCCUCCUACCACUUCCUGUCAUCCUCUUCGUCUUCUCCACCUGUAGUAACAUCCGGUUGUUGAUCAGGUGACUCCUGUGAUGCAGCCACAAAACCGCCUCAUUGUGUCACAAAAAUAAUUGACAUGUUUCCAUUAAGCAAAUUUAUUUUCAUAAUUCUAGUUAAUAUUAACACCUGAAUCAAAUAGCUGAAUUAGCUGAUCAUUUGAUUCAGGUGCGUUGAAGGAGAAGCCAAUCUGAAAUGUGCCGGAUUUUGACUCAAACAGUAGAUUAUAGAUUAUAUUAUAUAUUAUUUAGUUAGCGUUCAGUCAACUCCUUACUAAAUAAGUAUUUUAUUGCUCUUGGUUUUAUUUAAGGAUCUCACUGUAAAGGGAGAAUAUUUAAAACGCAUUUUAUUUUGAAUUUUUGAUAAUCAUGCAUCUAUUUUUUUCCACCUAUUUUAUCACAUCAUAUUCACCCAAAUAAAAUGAUAGUUUGAUUUUUGUACUGAGACAAAACGUGGAACAGAUCAGGUGGUAUUUGUUAGACACUGUAGGCGGAGCCAUUACACAAACAAAAUGAAUUCUAGAAUUGUUUUUAUUUGUGAUUUUUUUCAUUUGAAGGAUCCCAAACUAGCUUGUUUCCUUUUUUUUUGUUUUUGUUUUUUUUUUUUUUUUCAAACUUUUACAAUCUGAGAGCCAUUAAAUGCACGUUUUUCUUUUCAUGCAGCAGUGAAUUUCCAAAUGGGCUGUUUAAAGUAGCAAGAACAUUUUCAGUGUUUAGAUUUCUAACCAAUAAAUGCUUUUUAGUGUUUCUCAAAAGAAAAGCUGUUGUGGAGUCCAUGCAAAGCUGUAUAAAUGCUGUAAAUAGCUCUUCAUGGCAUUCUUUGUUAUGACUUGCUUUCUUCUCUUCUAUGUUGUGAAGAAAGUUAAUCAGAAAAAAAGUUUCUGCUCUCGGCUGAUUCAGUCAGCCGGUCAGCGUUGGUGUUUCUAGUGGACGAUGGAGGGCUGCCAGUAAACGGAUGUCUCUGUGAAGCACAUAAACUCUUCAUUCACACAUCAUUCUCUGCUGGACAAAGUUUGAUAUUUGUCUGAUUUCCCUGCCUGGUGCAGCCCCCAUCUGGAUGACAGGGUGAGCCUGGAUGUUCAGGUUCUCACUUUCUUUAGCUUCGACAAAACUUUUGGGUUUUGAAGACCCACUUCCAACAUAUCUCUUUGGGGUUCUGUUAGGUUUCCCAAUAUUUAAAGUUGAGCUGAUCUCUGCUUUGGUUUGUUUUCUGGUGAAAACUGUCAUACAUGUUGUGAUCAAACAUUUUCCCAAAACUCGCUUCGGUGGAAGAAAAUGUAGUUUUAAAAAAAGUCUUAGAAGCAAAAUGAAACAUUGUGCCUCAUCUCCCUCUGAGCCUUUUUUAAUUUUUUUUUUUUGCCCUCUGUAAAAAUGAUUUUCUGUGGGACAUACAGUGUGAGAAUGCAUUUUAAUUGCAUUGGUGAAUGUGUGUGUGUUUGUCAUUGAGUAUUAGCAUCAACCUGUUGCAUGGGCUGAUUUUUGUUCCAGUUAUUUUUCUAAUUUCUGCAAAUAAUCCCAGGUUGGGUUUUUCAGUAUUUUUCUGCUUUUAUUUCAGACAUGCAUUUAUUUGUUUGUCUUGCUUUUAUGACACCUAGAAUAUUACUGUCACCUUAGUUUUAUAAAACUAUAAAAAGGCCGAAAAUCAGCCUCCAUGUCUAAAAAUGUAGUUGUGGUUUUCCUCUGUCGCUGUGCGAAAUCGAAUAAGUUAGUAAUCUAAAAAAAUUAUAAUAAUUAAACACAGGGACCAUUACUUAUUUGGUUAUUCAUAAACAAUAAAUAUUCACAGAAGUAAUUGUAAACAAAAGAAACCAAGUAUUUUCUGUUUGAGGAAAAACUUGGUUUUCCUCAAACGUUAAUAUAAUAUCUAUAUUAACGUAGAUAUACCGUUAAUAUCUAGUGUUACCCCCUUUAUCUGAAAUGCAUUCAGUGAUGCUGCUGCAGUAAAACAUCUGCAAACCAUCACACCUCACCUCCACACUGCAGAAAUACAAAAUAUUACCAGCUAAUUUUAGUCUAGUUUCUAGUGCUAAUAUCUUAGCACCCAAGAAUUAAGAUGAAACAAACUUAUAAGUAACUUUUAAGAUAUGAGAGUUUGCUUUAAGUAAAUUAUUAAUAUUGAUGAAAAAGUUCUAGUUUCAAUGGCAGAUUAUUUCAUUUACAACAUAAAAAAAUGUCUUGUAAGUGAAAUAAUUUGCCAGUGGAACUAUUAGUUCUUCAUCAAUAUUCAUACAUUAUUGACAUUAGUUUUCUUAUCUCGAGUGCUCAGGAAACUAGAUCAAAACUGAUCGGUAUGAUCUUAUAUUUUUGCCAUAAUUUGUUCCUUAUUAGGAACUGCAUUUUUAUUACAUUUAACAAAUAUUAAAUGUAAUGAAAACAUUUAUUACAUUUAUUUAAUGUACAUUUAAUAAAUGUAAUAAAUGUUUUUAUUUUUUUAUUUCCCGUUUUUGUUUAGUUGCAUUAAACGACACUAAAUAUCCAUGUUUCCAAAUAUCUUCACCACAGACUUUAAUAGGGUGUUGUAGUUUUUAUAUAUGGUGUCAAUCUUGUUUUUGUUCAACUUUUUGGGGGAAAUCUUUCCAAGUGCAACAUUCAGAUUGAGGAAAGGAAUGUAUGAGCCCAGUUUUUGUUUGCUUGCUGCUGGAGAUGUUCGUUUCUGUGGGAAAGUGUUUGUGGGAGCAAUUUUUGUGUUAUAUGUAAUACCAUAGUUUAGCCACUAGGUGUAACAUUUGUGCUGACCGGGAUUGUUUUCUGUAUAAAAGGUAGAACCUGUUAUCAGCUAGCAGGUGAGUUCAGUCCGAAGAUCAAAGCUUUUUGACUGAACUUGAAUCGACUAAACCUGCGCUUAAGACUGCUGGUGCUCAGUUUAACUUUCAUCCUAUUUAUUUAUGUUGAUUUGGGGCAACAGAAAAUAAGUAUUACGGCGUAUUUAGGCUAAUGUAGACAGGAUAAAAAGAAGGGUAAAUUUACACUGUAAACUCAAAAUGUUUAGAUUCAUUCCAAACAUUUUCCAUAAAAAAGCGAGGACUUUUCUGAGCUCCAGAAGUCAAAAAUAUGCGGGAAAAAACUCAACAAUUUUGGGAUUCAUUUCCACAAUUUUUUUGGGAGAAAAGAAUGAACAUGUAUAAAAGCUGAGAAUUUU